AUGAGGUUCAACAUAGAUGAUCUGCCCGUUCUCUUCCCCUAUCCUCGUAUCUAUCCCGAGCAAUAUGCGUACAUGUGUGAUCUGAAAAAAACCCUUGAUGCUGGUGGCCAUUCCGUCUUGGAGAUGCCUUCGGGCACCGGCAAGACCGUCUCGUUGCUGUCGCUCAUCGUUGCCUACCAGCAGUACUAUCCAGAGAACAGGAAGCUGAUCUACUGCUCCCGUACCAUGUCGGAGAUCGAGAAGGCCCUGGCUGAGUUGAAGGCCCUGAUGAAAUACCGCACCGAGCAGCUAGGCUAUGAGGAAGAGUUCAGAGCAGUCGGCUUGUCAAGCCGAAAGAACCUCUGCCUCCACCCCUCGGUGAAGCGGGAGAAGAGCGGCGCCGUCGUCGACGCCCGUUGCCGCAGCUUGACCGCUGGCUUUGUCAAGGAGAAGAAGGAGCGUGGCGAAGACGUAGACCUUUGUGUCUACCAUGAUAAUCUAGACCUUCUCGAAGCCCACAACCUGAUACCAAAUGGUGUCUGGACAUUUGAAGGUCUUCUUCGCUAUGGCGAGCAACACAAGCAAUGCCCAUAUUUCACAGCUCGUCGGAUGAUGCAAUUCUGCAACGUCAUCAUCUACUCUUACCAUUAUCUAUUGGACCCCAAGAUUGCCGAGCGUGUUUCAAAGGAUCUAUCCAAAGACUGCAUCGUCGUCUUUGACGAGGCCCACAACAUCGACAAUGUCUGCAUUGAGUCUCUCAGUACCGAUAUCACCGAAGACUCGCUAAGGAAAGCGACCCGUGGGGCGCAAAAUCUCGAGAGGAAAAUCACCGAGAUGCGAGAGACUGAUCAGAAGGCGCUCGAGAACGAGUAUCAGAAGCUCGUAGAAGGCCUGAGGGACGCGGACGAGGCGCGUGAUGAAGGCACGCUUAUGGCGAACCCGGUGCUUCCCGAGGAUUUGCUCAAAGAGGCGGUCCCCGGAAACAUCAGAAGGGCGGAGCACUUUGUGGCAUUCUUGAAGCGCUUCAUCGAAUACCUCAAGACACGCAUGAAGGUUCGCCAAGUCAUCUCGGAAACGCCGCCUUCCUUCCUGUCACACCUCAAGGAGUACACCUUCAUCGAAAAGAAGCCAUUGAGAUUCUGUGCCGAGCGCCUGACUUCUCUGGUGCGGACGCUCGAGCUCACCAACAUCGAAGAUUAUCAGCCAUUGCAGGAGGUCGCCACAUUUGCGACCCUGGUCGCCACUUAUGAGAAGGGUUUCCUGCUUAUUCUGGAACCGUACGAAUCGGACACGGCUGAAGUGCCCAAUCCCAUCCUCCAUUUCACGUGCUUAGAUGCAGCUAUUGCCAUCAAGCCAGUGUUUGAACGCUUUGCCUCUGUCAUCAUCACAUCCGGUACCAUCUCGCCUCUUGAGAUUUACCCCAAGAUGCUCGGGUUCUCAACGGUCGUGCAAGAGUCCUACAGCAUGACUUUGGCGCGAAAGUCGUUCCUGCCCAUGAUUGUCACGCGUGGCAGCGACCAGGCUGCCAUAUCCACAAGCUUCCAGGUGCGCAACGAGCCGAGCGUGGUGCGCAAUUACGGCAACCUGCUGACCGAAUUCGCAAAAAUCACGCCGGACGGCCUGGUCGUCUUCUUCCCUUCCUACCUGUACAUGGAGUCUAUCAUCAGCAUGUGGCAAGGCAUGGGAAUCCUCAACGAGGUUUGGAAGUACAAACUCAUUCUUGUUGAGACGCCUGAUGCUCAGGAGACCUCUCUGGCUCUCGAGACCUACCGGACCGCAUGCUGCAAUGGCCGUGGUGCCGUUCUGUUGUGCGUCGCCCGAGGCAAAGUGUCCGAAGGAAUAGAUUUUGACCACCAGUAUGGACGCACUGUGCUGUGCAUCGGUGUCCCGUUCCAGUACACAGAAUCGCGCAUUCUCAAGGCCCGUCUCGAAUUCCUGAGAGAGACGUACCGCAUACGCGAGAAUGAUUUCCUUUCCUUCGACGCCAUGCGUCACGCUGCGCAGUGCCUGGGGCGAGUGCUUAGAGGUAAAGAUGAUUAUGGUAUCAUGGUGUUGGCAGAUAGACGAUUCCAGAAGAAGCGCACGCAGCUUCCCAAAUGGAUCAACCAGGCACUGCUAGAUGCUGAUAGCAAUCUAAGCACAGACAUGGCAGUCAGCAGCGCAAGACGGUUUUUGAGGGGCAUGGCCCAACCCUUCAGGGCAAAAGACCAGGAGGGCAUCAGCACGUGGAGCCUCGCCGAUCUAAAAAAGCACCAGGAGGACUUGGACGAGCAACGCAUACAGGAGCUUCAGGACGCGCAGGCCAACGGGAAUAGCGCGCUGCCUUACGAGAUACAUGCGGGGGGUGAUUCCGACAACUACAUGGACGACGAUAUGGAUGAUGGUAUGAUGGAGCUUGACAACGACACGUAA